AUGGUCGUCGUCGGGAACAUCUAUGUAAUUGCAGCCGUCUCCGUUAUUGGAGGCGGUCUGUUUGGCUUCGAUAUCUCGUCGAUGUCCGCCAUUCUCGGUACGACUGCGUACAAGUGCUACUUCAACCAUGGCCCUGAGGGCCCACCCUUCAAUGAUUCGGAAACCUGCUCGGGUCUCAACUCGCUGGCCCAGGGUGGUGUGACUGCUGCUAUGCCCGCUGGUUCGUGGCUUGGUGCUUUGAUUUCUGGUUUCAUUUCGGAUCGUCUGGGUCGCAAGUACUCGAUUAUGGUGGGAUGUAUUAUCUGGGUCAUUGGUUCCGCGAUUAUCUGCGCCUCACAAAAUAUGGGCAUGCUCAUUGCGGGCCGUGUUAUCAACGGUCUCUCCGUCGGCAUCGAGUCGGCUCAGGUUCCCGUCUACAUCUCCGAGAUCUCCCCUCCCUCUCUGCGCGGCCGUCUUGUCGGCUCCCAGCAGUGGGCCAUCACCUGGGGUAUCCUGAUCAUGUACUAUAUCUCCUUCGGCUGCUCCUACAUCGGCGGCAAGACGGCCACCACCUACAGCGAGUCCGUCUUCCGCAUUCCUUGGGGUGUUCAGAUGGUCCCUGCCGUCCUGCUCUUCGCGGGCAUGAUGUUCCUCCCCGAGUCCCCCCGCUGGCUGGCCCGCAAGGAUCGCUGGGAGGAGUGCAAGGACGUCCUGGCCCUAGUCCACGGCAAGGGUGACCCCAACAGCCCGUUCGUGCAGGCCGAGAUGCAGGAGAUCGGCGAGAUGUGCGAGUUCGAGCGGCGCAACGCGGACGUCUCCUACCUGGAACUGUUCAAGCCCAAGAUGAUCAACCGCACCUGCAUCGGUAUCUGGACCCAGAUCUGGUCUCAGCUGACCGGUAUGAACGUCAUGAUGUACUACAUCACCUACGUGUUCAGCAUGGCCGGCUACACCGGCAACGCCACUCUGCUCGCCUCGUCCAUCCAGUAUAUCAUUAACGUCGUCAUGACCGUCCCCGCCCUGAUCUGGGUGGACCGCUGGGGCCGUCGUCCGACUCUCCUGAUCGGUGCCGCGCUGAUGAUGACCUGGAUGUAUGCCAACGCCGGUAUCAUGGCCAACUAUGGCGUGGUGGUUCCCGGCGGGAUCGACGGCGUCCCUGAGGCAUCGAUGCGCCUGUCCGGUGCUCCCGCCAAGGGCCUGAUUGCCUGCACCUAUCUCUUCGUCGCCUCGUACGCGCCUACUUGGGGCCCCGUCUCGUGGGUCUAUCCACCCGAGCUGUACCCCCUGCGGGUGCGCGGCAAGGCUGUCGCGCUGGCGACUUCGGCCAACUGGGCCUUCAACACUGCGCUCGGUCUGUUCACACCCGUUGCGUUCACCAACAUCCGCUGGGAGACCUACAUUAUCUUCGGCGUGUUCCUCACCGCCAUGUGGAUCCACGUCUUCUUCAUGUUCCCCGAGACUGCUGGCAAGACUCUUGAGGAGACGGAGCAGAUCUUCGAGGAUCCCAACGGCAUUCCGUACAUUGGUACCCCGGCCUGGAAAACGAGCCAUGACACCAAGCGCACUGCCGCUGCUGAGCGUGGCGAUCUCGAGGUUCUAGGCGAGAGGCUGGCCUUCGGUGAGAAGACCGCCGUCACCCACUCCGAGACCGCUUAA